AUGAUGGAUAAUGUCUCUGUAAUAACAGUGUUUGUUCUUUCAGGUUUAAAUGAAACAAAAAACCACAGAAUUGUUCUUUUCUCUCUCACUUUACUGUGCUACUGUUUCAUUGUGCUCGUAAAUGUUUCUCUUAUUGUGACCAUCAUUUUGGAUAAAAACCUGCAUGAACCGAUGUAUAUUCUACUAUGUGCAUUUUGCUUGAAUGGACUUUAUGGGACUACAGGAUUCUACCCAAAGUUCCUCUGGGAUCUGCUGUCUCCUGUUCAUGUUAUCUCUUAUGCUGGAUGCCACGUUCAAGCUCUAGUAAUGUAUUCAUUUGCCUGCAGUGAUCUGUCUAUUCUUGCAGUCAUGGCAUAUGACAGAUAUGUGGCUAUAUGCCGACCCCUGGAGUAUCACUCUAUUAUGUCAAAGCCAAGACUCCUAAAGUUAGUGUGUUUCUCCUGGUUAGGACCUUUUUGCAUCAUAGGCACAAAUAUUAUUCUAACAUCUAGAUUAAAGUUAUGCAGCCCAUUCAUCGCCAGACUGUUUUGUGUAAAUUGGAUUAUUGUUUCACUUGCUUGUUUCCCAGCUGACACUAUUGUUAACAACAUAGUUGCAUAUGUUACAAUAAUCAUUUAUGUAUUCCAUGGUUUUUUUAUAGUUUGGUCCUAUAUGUAUCUCAUCAAAACAUGUGUGAAUUCCAAAGAAAACAGAGGGAAGUUCAUGCAAACAUGUGUGC